AUGUAUCUUUCUAUUUUUUCAUUCUUCGUGCAUUUUUCUUUGACUAUAUUUCACUUGUACUUUUCUUUCUCUCUCUCUUGUUCCAUAUCCUCACUCCCUACUGUCUCAGUGUCUUCAAUGUCUCCUUUUCUUCACUUCCUCUUCCUUUCUCUGAUGUAUCUAUUCAGUAAAUCUAUUUACUUGUUUUCUCUUUCUUCCUCUCUUUCCACAUUCCCCCUUCAUUCCUCUCUCUGGUGUCUGAGUAUCUUCAGUGUCUCAUUUUUUCCCUUGUACUUUUCAUUCACUUUCUCUUUCCACAUCUCCUCUUCCUCCUACUCUCUCUGCUGCCUUACUCUCUUCAGUGUGUCCUUUUUGCCCUUUGUCUCCUUUUCCCCGCUUGGACUAUUCUUUCUCUCUAUCCACAUUCCCUCUUCCUCUCUUUCUGCUGCUUUACUGUCUUCCAUGUCUCAUUUUUUUUCUUCUACUUUUCUUUCUCUUUCUACAUCUCCUCUUCUUCCUCCUCUGCUGCCUUACUCUCUUCAAUUUUUUCUUUUUGCCUUCUACUUUUUUCUUUUGCCAUAUCCACUUUUUUCUGCUUUUCUGUUGCCCUACUUUCCUCAAUGUUUCUUAUUUCCUUGUACUUUUUCUUUCUCUUUCUACAUCCCCUCUUCCUCCCUCUCUGCUGCCUCACUCUCUUUAGUGUCUCCUUUUUUCCUUUGUCUACUUUUUCCCUUGUACUUUUUUCUCUUUUUACAUCUCCUCUUCCUCCCUCUCUGCUGCCUUACUCUCUUUAGUGUCUCCUUUUUUUCCUUGUACUUUUCUUUCUCUUUCUACAUUCCCUCUUCCUCUGCUUUUUUUAACUUUUUUUUAUACAAACACAAUCCAUUAUUCACUCACAUUUUACACUUUUUCAUUUCUCUUUUUCUUCAUUCCCUCUUCUACUUUUUUAUUUUCUUCAUAUUUUCUCAUUUUUUUUAUUCAUCCUUCUUCAUCUUGACUUUUCUAAUUCUUUUAUUUCUCUUUUCCUUUCUUUUUACCAUUUCUUCUUCUUCUUCAUUUUCCUCCUUAUCAUUUUCUUUUACCUUUCCUUUUCCAUUUCCUUCUUCAGUGUCUGAUCUUUUUCUUCUUUUCCUUAUAUUUUGUUCCUUUCUUCUUUUUCUUUUCUUGUUCUAUUUCCUUCCAUUUUUUUCUUUCAUGAUUUUUUUCUUUUUCACUUAUUCCUUUCCUUUUUUCCUCAUAUUACCUUCCUUUCAUCUUUUCUUCCUCUUUUCUUUCCUUCACAAUAUUUCUGUUCUCCUCAUUCUUCUUCUGCUUAUUUUUUCUUUCUUUUGUCCUUUUUUUGACUUUUCUUCUUCACUUUUUUUUCUCUUCCUUUUUCUAUUAUCCUUUUCUAUCUUUCUUUCCUACUUUUAUUUUUCUUUUCCUCUUUUCUUUCACUUCUUGGUCUUUAAUCCUUCAGUUUUUCCUUCUUUUUUUUCUUUUUCUUUCCUCAUACAUAUUUUUCUUAUCCUCUUUAAUCAUGCUUUUCUUUUUCUUCUUUCUUUCUUUUAUUCUUUACUCUUUCUUUUCCUUUUUCUUUACUCUUUCUUUUCCUUUUUCUUUACUCUUUCUUUUGUUCACAAUGUUUUCUUUCUUUUUUUUUUCAUUGAAAGCACAACUUAA